GAGCCCUGGGGGGCUGCUGGAGGCCGCCCCCGUCCCCCCCUCCGGCCCCUCGGGGGUCCCUGGCUCCGGCCCAGCCUUUCCCUCCCCACACUGCAGGUGUUUCCCGGCUGCCUGGCCCGGCCAGCGCUGCCGACCAGCGUGGGACCAUCUCCCUGGCCAUGGAGGUGCUUCCAGGCAGGGGUGAUGCUCACUGGGUGCUGGGAGCGCUUCCCAGGGGCUGGGAACUGGCUGCCACUGCCGGGCACCUCCCAGAGCUGAUGGAUCAGCUGUUGUGUGGUCAUGGCUGCCCCAUCACCUUGGUUUGCCUGGCCUGAAUGGAGCACAUUCUCCAGGUGGUUGUAACCGGUGUGUGGUUCCCCCUCAUCGCUGACAGCAGCCCGUGGCAGUUUAAUUAUUUUGGAAAGUUGUGGGACUUCUAAAUGGAACUCAACAUAGGGUAAAGUAGGGAAAUGCCAGCCAAGGUUAUUGUCAUGGAGCUGUGUGCUUUUUGCAUGGUUUUCACAGAAAAGCCAUCUGGACCCUUUUCCCUGGGAUGCUGUUAUUUGGUUGGAUCCCUGUGGCAUCCUUCAUGGCCUCCAGGCUUCCUUGCUGCUGGUAUUCCUCAUCAAUUCCUUAUAUCCUGUCCCAAAACUCUUCAAAAAGUAGUAUCACCUCAGUCCCUCAAGCUGGAGCUGAGCAUGGGGUUGUACCUGUUGUUCAUCUUUCAGUCUCAUUAUUAUUGUGCACAGUUUGAUUCUAACAGUUGUUGCUAUUUCUUUUCAAGCUCUUUAACCUCUCCAAGAUGAUCAUCUCAUGUAACCUCAAAACUUAAAUCCUACAACAUACACACGUGUAAAAUGUUUUAAUUCUUGCUGAUGCUGCAUCCCUUCAGCCCUGAUCAGGUGUUGGCUGCACAGACAGGGUGGGGAAGGUGACUUGCACUGUUUUCUCUUUCAUGAAUUACAUCUUCACCCUGAACUUGCUGGUUUCUCCCUGCCCUCCCCUGGAUGUGCCACCCACACUUGGGACAUCUCUUUCCUAGCUGGGCAUCCUCAAGUCUGAGAACCCAGUGCUCCCAGCAGACAGUUACUUCUCUAUGCAGCAGCAAUAAUAUUUCCAAUUAUUAUUGGAAAUAAUUUUAGACUUUGACCUUUCAUCUGGUUCCUAUCAAACACCAUCCUGGCCCUCCCUGUCUGGCAUGAGGUCCCCUGGCAGUGGAGCUCUCAUUCCUCUUGUUUCUGUAGAGAUGAUGAACUACAGCACAACCACUGUCUGUAAAGCAGAUCUUUGGCAGCAAUAUCCAAGCCCAGGUUCUGUGUGUAGUUCAGGACACAGGUAAGGACAUCCUGUGGCCUUGGGCUUGCAUGUAGCACCAUGAACUUGGCAUGGGGCUGGUGACACUCUGCAGUGUUAUUUGGAAGGGGGAGUUGUGAUUUCCUCUCUUCUGUGCUUGCAGCACAGCCUGCAGUGACCCUUGUAACACUUCACACCCACGUCAUGGUUUGGGAAUCUCCACCUACAGGGAUCCUGCAAUGGAGCAGAACCAGCCUGUUCAGCAGCUGUGAUUUUGGGCUGCCCAGAUCUUUUUCUUCCUGAGGGCUUCACACCUGUGCCCUGUGAUCCUCUCCUCCUGCACAGAUUCUGAGAAGCCAAGUCAUUAUUGGCUUACAAUUCCAUUUGUACUGUAUUCCAAACAACUUUUGGGUUUCCACCUCUUCUUGGCCUGGUAGCUCCUUUGCAAAGGUGUGUGUAUGUGUCUCAUCUCUCUGGUUCCCUCCUGCCCUGUUCUCUGUGGAGCUGCUUGCCCAGUUAUUCACUUUCUCCUUUAUUUUUGUAGAACUUGUUAUGUUCUCCUGGGGACAGAGCUCCUCCAGGCUGAUCCGUGGAGUCCAAGGCCUUUUCCUCAGCUGCUGGGUUUUUUUGAAAGCACUGGGUGAGGAGUAGGUGGUGGUGGCAGAGUUGUGGAUGUCUGGGUCUGAAGUUCUGGUGACUACUUGCAGUGAAUCUCUAGGGCAUCACAGGAUCUCCUCCUCUUGGGGACGGCAGUAAGGAAUGAGAGAAGGAAUGUGGUUGUUUCCAGCAGCCCCUCACUGUGUGUGGGUUGAGCCAGGGGCAGUAGCUUUGUUUAGCAGGGCUCUGUCAGCUCAGGCUCAGACACUUGCAGAGCUGCUCUGUUGUGUCUCUCUGCAGGUGACCGAAAGCUUCCUCAGCAAAGAAAUCACCUGCGUGGUGUCCAGCAACAGAGAGGCCAAGCGGGGCCAGGCCAGGGCUCGGGAGGAGAAGCUGAGCAGCCCAACUGCAGAAGGCACAAAAUGCAGCAGUUCAGUGCCUGCUGCCCCCAAAGGGAACCCAGCCAGACCUCGCCAGAAGCCUCCCUACACUGCGCUGCUGAGCCGGGGGAAGGAGCUGCUGCACAAGGCCAUGAAGAACCAGGACACCUGCAGUGGCAGCAGCAUCCUCGCCAACGCUCGCCUGUGGGGAGUCCAGAUCCUGCAUGUGGAUGAAAUGUUGUCCUAUGCCCAGCAGCUGCUGCGAGCCAUCUCAGGAGCAAGGAAGCAGUGCCAGAAGACAGAGAUGAAAUGCCCUGCCUCCAGAUCCAAAAUUCACAAAGGAAAAUUGAAGCCCCCUUUUCUGAAAGUUGAAGACCAGAGCAGGCAAUUCCAGCCCUUCCAUCACCAGUUCCAAAGCUUUCCUGACCUCAACUUCCUGGCACCCAAAAGCUCCAGCCCAUUUGAGCCUCUGAAAAGCCUCUCCAAUUCCUGCCAAGCCAGGGGUGCUGAAGGCUGUGCCCUGCACAGUGCUGGGGGGAAGAGCCCCCGCUCCACACACGUCACCGUGCCCAGGAAAAGGAGGGGGUUUUGUGAGUGCUGCCAAGAGACCUUUGAAGAGCUGCAGAAGCAUCUCCAGAGCCCCCAGCACCAGCGGUUUGCCCAGGACAACUCCCAGUACAUCCCCGUGGAUCGUGUCAUCUCCCAGCUCACCAACAGCUUUGUGGAGUGGUCAGCCAAGGUGCCCUGGGCCUGCCUGGCUGAUGAACGUGUAGUGCCUCAAGCACACAGCACUGGAGGAAUCAAGCUGCUGCCAGCAGAGCUGGGAAAGGAAGGGGAGCAGCCUGAGCAGGGUGCUGUGGAACUGGUAAUGGAUACAGAGCUGGAUCAUGGCCUGAAGACCAAGGGAUGUUCCCCCUGCCUGCCCAGGGACAGGGUCAGAGAUCCCAGAGGAGGAGGGGGCUUGUCAAAGCACAGCUCCCUGCAGCUGCCCAGGGGAGCAGGGCCCAGCAGAGGGGUCUGUGCUGCCCAUGGCACCGUGGGGGAGGCUGGGCUGGGGGCUUCAGGUUUAGGCUUGGCUCCUGAGCUGGGCUGGGGACCUCGUGCAGUACCUGCUCCUGUCAGAGAGGCAAUGGCUUCAUCCUUUGAACCUCAUACACUGCCUGGGUGUGUCAGCCCCCCUCCCCAGGCACAGCCUGCCUCCAGGAAGCGCCAGCUGUGCUCCAGACAGAGCUCCCAGGUGCAAAAGAGGCCCAGGCUGGAGCUGGGUUUUGGCCUCUCCCCUCUGGGUGAGCAGAUGGAGCUGGUGGGAGGUGGGAUGGGGACACAGGGUGCAGGGCAGGUGUCUGAGCCAGGCCUGCCCAGUGUGGUGGGGGCUGGCAGCCUGCCCCUGGGCACAGAGCUCUCCAACAGACCUCACAGCUCCCUUGCUUUGGAUCUGUGCCUGUGUGACAGCCCUGGGGACCCUGUAUCCCAGCCAGGAUCCCCAGGAGCUGUGGCUGCAGGUUUUGAUCCUGGGGAGGCAGCAGCAGCCAGCACUGUCAGCAAGCAUGGCUGGAGCAGGGAGAGAUCCCAAGGGAAGCAGCGUGGAGGGGACAGUGACAACACACCCAGGAAUGGGAACAGGCCUGGUCUGGAGAGCACAGCGAGCAGGACCAGCUGCCCUGCUGGCUGCCUGCCCUCUCCCACACUGCCUGUGGCUGAAGCCAGAUGUUGCUGCUCACUCCGUGUCAGGGCAGCAGAAGAAACAGCCCCUGGAGCUCCCGACGUCCCCAGGCAGGGCACAGAGCGGGCGCGGAGCCCCGGCCUCCUCCCGCCUGCUCCCCGGAGCCCAGGGGCUGCUCAUGGCUUCAGCAGGAGCUCCUUGGAGUCACACUGGGAUGUGCAGCUGCUCCCCAGCCUCACGGGUGCCAGGGGCCACAGGAUUCCGGCUGGGGACGGGGGCUUGCUCCAGCAGACACACGGCAGUGUGAGGGACAGCGGGUACACGGCUCAGCUCUGCUCCGUGCUGAAAGAGUCAGAUCUGGCCUGGGCAGGCCCAGAGGACAAGAACUGCAGGAACUGCUGCACAGGGACCAGAGGAGCCUCUUUCCCCAUAUUUGGGACAUUGUUUGGCAGCUAAAACCACCUCCAGGCUGCUCUCUGGACCCUCAGUGGGAGCUGAGCAGGGGCUGGGAAGGGAUUUACCAAGGCACCCUCCGUGUCAGGAUCCAAGAGUGAGGACAGCACCAGCAGCCUGGGCAGCUCCUGUUGGGAAUUGAUGGUGAUGCAGUGGCUGUGCUGUCCUUGGCUGUGAUCUUCCCUCCUCUCUGCUGGCCAUGUUCAGAGCCAGCAGCUUCCUCUAAGAAGUCCCCACAGUCUGCUUCCAAGUGCCUCUGGAAGUCUCCCUCCAACAGCAGUGUGCUCUUCGGCCUUCCAGAGGGAGAGCAGAGCCUGUUCCUCCUCACACAUAGUCCCCAGAGCUGCAAAGACUUGGGAAAGGAGGGUCAUGGGCAUGAGAUUUGUACUCCUCAUGUGGUCUGGGGGUUGUCUUUGAAUAUUUUCAAGUGGUUUUAACUUGUUUGGGGUUUUUUUACAAACUUAAACUUUGAAAUAAAAUGGAAGGAUGAGAUCCUGCUCUACCUUA